AUGGCGAAGCUACCCACCAUAAUAAUCACCGGUACACCAGGAACAGGAAAGUCAACACACUGCGAGUUACUCGCUGAAGCCACCGGUUUAAAACAUCUAUCCAUCAACCAAGUUGCAAAGGAUAACAACUGCUAUGAAACCUUUGACGAGGAAUUAAAGUCUUGGGAGGUGGAUGAAGACAAGCUGUUAGAUGCAAUUGAGGAUGAUGUCAAGAAAGGAGGAUACAUAAUAGACUGGCAUGUCUGUGACAUCUUUCCAAAAAGCUGGAUCGACCUUGUGGUCGUUUUGAGGACGGAUAAUACAGUGCUAUUUGAUCGGUUGAAAGCCCGAGACUACUCUGACAAAAAGCUUGAUGAGAACAUUGAUGCGGAGAUCAUGCAGGUUAUCUUGGAGGAGGCAAGAGAGGCAUAUGACGAGGAUAUCGUCAUCGAGCUGCAGAGUAACGAAACCGAUGAGAUUGAGAGCAAUGUGGAAAGAAUCACAGCCUGGGUGGAGCAAUGGAAGGCGAAUAACAACGAAUCGGAGGAUUAG